UCGAUAAUGUAUAGAAUGUCAUUAUAAAAACGGGCGUGCAAGAGCUACUAACGACUGUUGGUGGGAUAUAAAAGAGCUCUCCUUCAAACCGGGGACACUCUCUCUGCAGUCCGAAACACUGUGCAGUGCUCCGACUCGGCGGUACGCUCCACCAGCAACCCCACAAUGUCCGACGAGAUCCGACGCAACUCGACCGAAAUCUGCAACGACUACGACAAGACCGACGGGGACGGCUAUGACUCAGACCCCGAGUCAUAUAAAUUCGUCCGAGUCACUCCGCCACCUCCGUCACCAGAUGAUGAGGACUGGGACCAGGAGGCGGCGGAGUGGAUGGCGACCCUAUUAGCCGCUGCGGCUGGUGUAUUUGGUCUGGCUACUGCUGUUGUCCCGAGACGUCGGAGGGGACCAAAACCAGGCGAAGAUGCAACUUCAUCACGGGGUGUACUUCCAGCCCCUGGGUGAAGUAAUAAUCACGGGUUCUGACUGGACAAUCUGCACCACCAUCAGCUUGGUGACGUAUGAGCAAGCCCAUACCUCCCUCCUGGAACAGAUAUCUCGGGUAGAGCAGCAUCUACAAGCCGUGAGGGGCCAGGUCGAGUCCGACAAAGUUCCGGUGAUAGACGCAUUGACGGCCACGUGGAAGAAAUUCUCCACCGCCUUCAAAGAGGACCUUAGCGCCUACCAACAAACUCUCAAUUCUGUUAAACGAACUAUCCGGGAGAAUGACGCCCGGCAACGUCGCGGCUUAGUUAACAUCGUAAGUGACGUUGGAAAAUAUUUGUUUGGAUUUAGUACCGAGAGAGACAUUGAAAGUCAGUCGGCACAAAUCGCUUCACUGGCCAACCAAACUGAAAACAUAUCUCACCGUGUUGACCAACAGUUCAGUUAUGUUAAAACUGUAGCUUCACAAACUCUCCACAACGGAGAAGAAGUCAUUCGAAUCAAAGCUUCAAUUAACGGGGUGACAGCCGCUCUAAGCCAAAUUCAGACUGUGGACAGUCGGCUCAAUAUAGGAGUGGCACAUGCUACCGCAGGAUUAGAACUUGUGAUAGCGACCGACUUAAUUCGCGAGGGUUUGGCCCAGUCACAAAAGGGUCUUUAUACCAUACAGCGCAUUGUUGCCCAAGCAGGUGAAGGAGCUCUAGCCUGGGAACUACUGGAGGAUAAGGUCUUCAGAGAUAUCCUGUUAAACUUAGGACAACAUCUUCCAGUCGGAUGGAAACUUUUGUAUGAAACAGACGACCAUUAUUCCUACCUUCGUUACAUAACCACAGAAACCCACCAAACGGAGGGCGGGGUCAAUUUUUGCAUGGCGAUCCCAAUCAUCAAGGAGUCUGGUAGGUAUCAGCUCUACGAAGCCAUCGCAAUGCCUGUGGUUCACCCGAAGUUCCCGGAGAAGCUCUUCUUUUCUUACCGAUUUGACUCCCCUUAUUUGGCCAUUCAGAAAUCAGGAUCCGAUUUUUUCACGACUCAGCCCGGCAGUCCAGGCAACUUCUUCACCAUGACAAACCGUCGCGAGGCACAGUGUAAAGGAAAAAGCCCUAGGGUUUGUGCGCUCAAGGAAGCAGUACAGUCGCCUCGAUCUCAAGAAAGCCGUUGUUUGUAUGAUCUGUUUUCAGACCAGCCGACCGGAACCAGCUGCCCGGCACAGGUGCAAUACCACGAUGGGCCGGUGUUUCACCACGUUGGUAUGGGAGUGUGGUUAUAUGGAGCAGCAAAAGGAACGCUACUGGUCCGCUGCUCUAACCAGAGCAGGACGAGUGCUCCUCACCACCCCGCCGGGCAAUACGAGCUGACCGGUACCGGUAUGUUCCGCUUACAGCCGGGAUGCGAGGCAUCCCUUGGGUCAAUUAGGGUUCCCAGUUACGUCAACGGUAAGGGGCAAUUCAAGAUCAGUCUGCCGGAUGCACCGAUAGUGGAUCUAUUUUCACUCAAUUUUUCCAUGAGUCUCUGGAGUAAUAUAACCUCAAUGUUGACUCCUCCCGUAAAUAUCUCGUCCUUCUUGAGCCAUCUCACUGAAACCACAGACAUCAGUAAAGAUGCGAUGAGACUCCGAACCUUUAACAAAACCAUUCAGCAGUAUGAGGCGCUCCAGAAUCAAUUGUCUCCCUAUCAUCCCUACAGAUGGAUAUCGAGCCCGCAGAGCCAGAUCACCGGAUACACUGGUCUACUUACAUUGAAUCUAGUGACCGUUCUGCUGCUGUCCAUAGCGAUAUGGAAGCUACAUCGCCGAGUAAAGGACCUGAUGGGUCCGCCGACCGAUGCUCCAGAAAGUCACCGCCUUGUGAGGUCUCGACGUCGGCGACGCCGAGCCAUGGACGUUACCGUGUAAGACCCCCUUGAGACGACGACGGGAAGUGCUCAUUUGCCAAGGUCUAGCAGAUGGUCGGCUAUAUUCUGAGUCGAGGUGAGUGCAACGAUCAAUUGGGAGCUCGUUGGCGCUCUAAAGCUGCAGAGGGCUUGGAGUAUCGACUUGACUAGUCUUGAGACGAGAUCCAUGAGGAUCCGAAACGUCAUCACCAAUUGAUGAACGUAGAGUGUGCAGACCAGAUCGCUUCGGUCCAGAACCGUCUCGAAUCUUGAGCUACGACAUAGCCAUGAUGUUCACCAUCAACCGGCCCCUCUCGAUGCCCUCAGGUACUCGCAUUGGCACCGGUGGCAGUCGGCUCAACAACGGUAUCUAGGAUACCAAAAGGGUCCACACCGAACCCCCGACCUCUUGGCUGACAGGUUGACUUCAUCCCCAGCAGUCUCUUAGUAGCCCUUUUGCUCUCGGUUGGAUUCCGAGUACCACCCGACGACGAGAAACAGCGCCUCUGUUACAACCAAGGCAAACGAUCACAGCACCCCUCGACUCAACCACCCCGAAGUAAGUGGCAAUCCAAGCAGAUGGUCGGUCGGUACAACUGUAAAUCGCUUAACAUCUGGCUCCAACGGGUAUCCAAAACUUGUCCUCCCUAGACGGUCCCACAAAUCCUAAAAAUCGGUCAACACAAGAGGAAUAUGGUUCCCAGAUGAUUCAGAUUAGCAUGUUUUAUUUUUGCAACGGAGGAUAUAUUCAUUAUCGGUAAUUAACUGACUGCAGGUAAUUGGCCACAGAACUACCCAGCUUCAUUAUGUUGGUAUACCUAUUUCGAUCGAGUUGAAGGCGCAGUUAAAAUUGACACUAAAACGAUUCUAAGGGCAAGAUGCACAGCACCGGUCAGGGUCUUGGCAAAUAGUGCUCUCUUCCGGAUAUCUCCAGGCAUCCUUUGUAGCUGUCCUUACUUCCUACCAGGCAUCCUCUGUAACUGUCCUUACUUCCUAUCCACAAACAAGACAUGACUAGACAACCCAGGGAGACCCUAGACAGCAGAGCAGACGCAUCGACGACUAUUACACCCCAAAGGAGGAAGUCAGAUAAACUUUAUAAAAUAGGGAGGGAUGUGAGAAAAUAUCGCUUCGGUCUCCUAGCUGAGCGGCGGAACUGUGUGGAAUUGUGUGUACUGAUCAGCCUUGCAGAUUAGAUGCACCGACCACUCGUUACCUUCAGCCGUGCGCCACGCCGGAGCGAGGAACCCGUCCCUGGCAGAGGAUCAAAGGAAGACGAAUGACAAUGUGAAACCUGUUUGUGUGGUGGUGGAUAUGCGUAAAGGAGAUUAGAAGCAGACAAUAGCACAAAAUAACGUAGUGUGGUGGUGGAACAAUAGCGUAGGGAUAGACGGGUGAAGGUUAGACCGAGAUACGCGUGGGCUCGUAAACAGCGGGGGACUGGAGAACAAUCGAUAAUGUAUAGAAUGUCAUUAUAAAAACGGGCGUGCAAGAGCUACUAACGACUGUUGGUGGGAUAUAAAAGAGCUCUCCUUCAAACCGGGGACACUCUCUCUGCAGUCCGAAACACUGUGCAGUGCUCCGACUCGGCGGUACGCUCCACCAGCAACCCCACAAUGUAAGUCGUGAAUUGCAUUACCUUUGGUCGGCCGUGCCGACCAAAGGUGAGGUAAUACCUCAUCCCCACUAACGUUCUCUAUUUACAGAUACUGAUUCCGGCGACAACAGGCCCAGGCUAUUCACCGAGCUACCCUAGUAUUCUUUACAGGUUUUACAGUUUCCCCUAGCACUUUCCACAGGUCCAUAGUACGUACGAGGUGAACCGGGCCGAUGAACUACACGGCGUUAUCGUGUCCGUUUAACUUCUUCCUUUUACAGAGCGCAAGACUACGGCCUACGGAUGGAGCCACCAACAAACACUCCCCCGAUGCCAAGGCUCAGCUUUACCCGCCCCAAACCACCGAAAAGCUCGGUACAUAAUCGAGCGACCAAUAAGCGCUCUACACUUUGGUGAUUCUGCCAUUUUGGUUUGGCACUGUUUCGGCAUUCUGUUUCGAUUACUUUUGGCACUGUUUUGGCAACUUGUUCGGCACUGUUUCGGCCCAUUCCGUUCCGAAUACUUGUUCGGCACUGUCUUGACACUGUUUCGGUCAUUCUGUUUUCGGUAACCUUGUGCUUCGGCAUAUUGUUCGGUUAUGUGUUUUUAGCACUCUAUUUCGGCCACCUUUAUUUACUACCACGGUAACAUAUACCGUGUAUUCUCAAGCCUGAAUCCGCCCUUUUUGGCAAUGUUUACUUUUUGGCUUCUACGGACUCCAGGCAUUGUUCAAUCAUUGACGUUUACCCUUUCGGCCUGUUUGAAUAUAUUUUAUCCCA